CUGACACUUUUCGCGUGUAUCUACAGCGCCAUUUACCCCAAUAUUCCGAGUCCUAAGGACAGCCUUGCUCGUAUCCUACGGCGGGGAUUUGGCAUCAUGGUGACGGCAUUAAUCGCUCCCGAACUCCUUGUUACCUGGGCUAUGCGCCAGUGGCUCAGCGCUCGUCUUGUUACGAAGCAGUUCAAGGACUCGGGGUAUUUCAAUUAUACGUGGACUCAGACGCACAGCUUCUUUGUGCUGAUGGGCGGUCUCAUGCUUUAUGUGGACGGGAAACCCUACCAUAUACUUCAGCCUGAACAGAUUCUCGAGCUGAUACGUGCCAAGCAUAUUGAUGCUCCUACCCUAACGGCAAAGCAGAUCAACGACCGGAGCAAAGGCAAUGUAAUAUCGAAAGGACUGAUCAUCGUUCAGGUGGCCUGGUUUAUUCUGCAGCUAAUCUCCCGCACCAUUUGUCAUCUCGACACCACCAAGCUUGAAACGGGAACGCUCGCUUUUGCGGUUCUCAAUUUCCUCACCUAUGCUGUGUGGUGGAAUAAGCCUCUCGAUGUACAAUGUCCUUAUCCAGUGUAUUGUAAGUCGACCGAGUCAAAGCCAGAGGACUCCAUUAUAGAGCAUGUGUCUGCCUCGAUCAAUUCUACCGCUGCUGAUCAUGUCUGUACUAGUGACCCUGCAUGGGAGGCUUCGGUUUUUUUGCACCCCUCGACUCAUUUCUCGAAUUGA